GGUGGGUGGGUGUAGAAGCGAAAUUCAUAAAAGCAUUUCUGACUUUGUGGCCUGAGAGCACAGCUGCCACCCUAAGCGACUCUUUCCAACUCCAAAACGGUCAAGGUUGGCGUGUGGAAGGCACGGCGUCGUUUAGCUCGUGGAAGCCACAUUUCACCCCCUCCCCUUCUGUAUCCUUUUCUCUCUCCUGCCUCCAUUGCUAUUACCUAACCAAGAACAAGCCAUCACCUAACUCUCUAUCUCCUUACCCCCCCUCCAUUUCUGCGAUUCCUUCCUUUGCCUCCUCUCCCUGAAAAGCAUCUUGGUUUCGAUCCUUUCGGCAGUAAAGGUCUGACUGCACUGCAUCUCAACAAAUGGAUCAUUUUGGACAACUAAAUGAGGAUACACUUUCUUCUAAUCCGGACAUUCUUAGAUGUCCAUUUUUGAGGAAUAUAAAUGAACCUACAAACUUCUCCUUUUCCUCAUCAAUGGCUUUUCCAGUGCCUGCACGUGGAGCAAAAGGCCCAAUUUUUGAAGAUGGUCCCAAUUUUGAUAUGGCAUUCAGGCUUUUCCAUGGUCGUGAUGGAGUGGUCCCACUUUCUGGAAGAUCAUUUAUGCGUUUAGAGAAUUUAGAGGCUAAGCCGGCUCUGCCCCAGUUUAACCCGCUUGCUGCGAAGGCAGCCACCAUCAGUCUCUCAGCCUUUGGACCUGGAGGGCCCUUUGGCUUUGAUUCAUUUUCAGAAAAGUGGAAGAAUCAAAAAGGAAAAUCGAGAUCAUCCAAGAAAGAGCCUUCUUCCCAGGGUGGAGAUUCAAAACAUGAGGCAUUGAGUAAUGAGUGGUUGGAAACUGGGAAUUGCCCAAUUGCCAAGUCAUACCGGGCAGUAAGCAAUGUAUUGCCACUAGUUGCUAAGGCUCUUCAGCCCCCACCAGGCCUCAAAUUCAGGUGCCCACCGGCAGUGGUUGCAGCACGAGCAGCUCUAGCACGGACUGCUCUAGCAAGGAACCUUCGUCCACAACCCUUGCCUGCAAAGGUGCUUGUCAUUGGCAUAUUGGGCAUGGCAGCAAAUGUUCCUUUAGGAAUAUGGAGAGAACACACUGAAAAAUUCUCACCGGCAUGGUUUGCUGCUGUACAUGCUGCAGUUCCAUUCAUUGGGAUGCUUAGGAAGUCUGUGUUGAUGCCUAAGACAGCCAUGGCAUUUACAAUUGCAGCCUCUAUACUGGGACAGGUUGUUGGUUCUAGGGCUGAGAGAUACCGACUGAAGGCAGUGGCUGCAAGGAGAUUGUCUCUGGCAGAAACUUUCGUUGGGGAGCCCAGUCAGGUUCAGGUGAUUGGACUUAAGGAUAGGCAUUGUGGUGAGAGUGUUGGGUGGAAUGCGGUUCCUCUUCAGGUGACAGGCCCAUCUUCAUCGGCUGACAUGUUUUGAUUUUUUUUUUUGUUGUUUUUUUAAUCCCUUUGCUGCGUUAUAUCUGGCAUCUCUAUGUGAUCUGGAUGAAUGUUUUGUCUGUUUGUUCCCUCCCAUCGUCUUUCUUGCGAGAAACUCUUAUUUGAGCAACUGAUUUGAGGAAUAAAAGAUGCAAAAUAAGAAUGAAUGUUUGCAUUUGGA